AUGGUUUAUACUCGACUCGUAUUCCUUCUCUUUUCGUUAACGAUUUCUAGCUGCUGGGCAGUAGAUCUUGCGAAACCAAGCGACUUCCGUAACCCAGAGAAAACCAGCAAGCCCCAUCUCGUCAUCACAAUAUCCCCGCCGAAUGAUCAUGGAUACAUAGAUGUUGUUCAAUCGUCGCAUAACUUUCAAGGCAUUGUUCUCCAUCAAGACCUGGAUAAGGCGAAUGAUUUUAUUGACCUUAAAGCGAGCAAAGGCUUCCAGGACAAAGGCGGGAAGCCGAGUAUGUUGAAUGUCAGAAAUCCUGCUCAGAUUCACGUCAGCAAACUCUACAAGAACCUCCAUGCCGAUGACGUACCGCUUCGUCUCAAAGAUCAAGGGUACAAACAUCUAAAAUCCGUCCUGCUCAUGCUGCAAGGAAGGGACGGGAGAGGGCCGCGGCACAACCGCAACCUCAAGCAGCACAACCGGGACCGUCCCAACCCCGACCCCAGCCACAAAUUCCGAAACGUCAAACGGCUAAAGCUUCUCACAGGACUGGAACUCAACGGGGAGGUCACAGUCCAGCUGGUCGACGUACAAGAUCUAGCGUGGGUAAGAGGCCAGGAAGCGGCGCUGUCCAGGCAGCACGGUUGGAAGAAGCCUGAUGAGUCAACGUUCUCAGUGCCCUGA